UGUUUAGCAUGUAGCCAAGCUAGCUAGCAUAUGCUACCUGGUUUAACUGUUCCUACAGUGUAGAACUGUGUUAAUGGUGUUAUAAAGCUGUAAGAAGGGUGUUAUUAGAAAGAAGAGUUUAUAUUUAGCUGUGCUGUGUGUGGCGCAUUUAAUGUUUUUAAUGGGCUCUGUGUCUUCUUAUAAAAGCGCUAAUCUGCGGUAAAAAGACGAUGUUUGCGGUUAAAGCCCGUGUCCUCUGAUCCUCCACAUAUGAUGCCAGCCUGAUGGACAUCAUGGACAAACCGACCCGGAUGUGUCGACCCCAGAAGAUCAGCGAAUCCUCCAAAAUCUUCUGCUCGGUGGACCAGGCCGUGGAGCUGCUGCAGGGCUUCAAUGAGCAGCGGCAGCGUGGCCAGUUUUGUGAUGUGGUGCUGAUCGCUGACGACCAGCGAGUCCCAGCCCACCGAGCGCUGCUGGCUGUCUCCAGUUCCUACUUCCAGGCUAUGUUCUCUUUGGGCAUGAGGGAGGAGAAGCAGCAGGAGGUGGAGCUUGUUGGGAUGCCCUACGUUGGUCUGAAGGCCGUGGUGGACUUCCUGUACUGUGGUGAGCUGUUGCUGGAUGGAGGAAACAUUGACUAUGUGCUGGAAGCUUCACACCUGCUGCAGGUGUGGCGGGCGGUGGAUUUCUGCUGCCAGUACCUGGAGCAGGAAGUGAGUGAGGACAACUACCUGUACCUUCAGGAACUGGCUCAGCUCUACAGUCUGGAGCGACUCGACGUCUUCAUCGACCACUUCAUCCUCACGCGCUUCGCAACACUGUCUUUCACCCCCGACUUCCUGCGAAACAUUCCUGUCCACAAGCUCACCUGCUACCUCUCCAGUGGCCAGGUUCAGCAUGACAGUGAGCAGGCGCUCCUGCAGGCCUCCCUGCAGUGGCUCAGCCAGAGCCCCGAGCGGACUGUCCAGGCCAGCCAGCUCCUGUCCCACAUCAGAUUUCCCCUGAUGCCGGUGGGGGACCUUGUAAGCCGGGUGUUGCCAGCUGUGCAAGCCCUGCUGCCAGAGGAGGCGUGCUGCAAAGUCCUAGUGGAGGAGGCGCUGCGGUACCAUGCGAGGCUGAGCGCUCAGCCAUUACUGCAGACUGGAAGGACCGCGCUGAGGGGAGGAGUGGGGCGGCUGCUGCUCAUUGGAGGAGAGGUGUUCGAGCACGGAGAGGAGCUGAGUGCCAACGUUUGCCGGCUGGAUGGUGAGACAGGAAGCUGGGAGGUGGAGACUGAACUGCCAGCCCAGCGGAGCCACCACUGCCUGGCGGUGCUGGGGGGCUUCAUCUUCGCUGCUGGGGGCAGUUCGUCCAGGGACAACGGAGGAGACGCCGCCUGUAACUUGCUGUACAGAUACGACCCACGUCACAACCAGUGGACCAGGGGGGCUCCAAUGAACCAGCAGAGAGUGGACUUCUACCUGGGGGCAGUGGGGGAGUGUCUAAUCGCCGUGGGAGGGAGGAAUGACACCGGAGCCUUGUCUUCUGUGGAGGUUUACUGUCCCGCCGAGGACUGCUGGUCCUACGUAGCAGGACUGCCCAGGUUCACCUAUGGCCACGCUGGGACUGUCCACCACGGCGUCGUGUACAUCUCAGGUGGUCACGACUAUCAGAUCGGUCCAUACCGCCAAGACGUCCUGAGCUAUGAUCCGUCGAGGGAAGGCGAUGUGUGGGUGGAGUGCCAGGCCAUGUCCCUGGCCCGGGGCUGGCACUGCAUGGCCUCCCUGAACCACCUCAUCUAUGCCAUUGGAGGCAGCGAUGAUCACGCCGACACAACCGAGCGAUUCGACAUCCUGCAGGUGGAGUCCUACGAUCCACGCUGUGGUCAGUGGACUCAGGUGGCGCCGCUGCUUCUGCCCAACAGCGAGGCUGGCCUGGCUGUCUGGGCAGGGAGGAUCUAUGUGCUCGGGGGCUACAGCUGGGAGAGCAUGGCGUUCUCCAGAGUCACGCAGAUAUUUGACCCUGAGAUCGGCUCGUGGUCCAGAGGGCCUGAUCUACCCAGACGCAUUGCAGGAGCAUCAGCUUGUGUGUGCACCGUUAAGCCCUCACCACAGUCAGACUCACCAGAGAAGAAGAAAAUGGGGUGGGGUUUGACAGGAAGAUAACAGCAACAGAACAGACUCGUACUAUUUAUUUAAAUGUCAUUAUUCUGUUCGGUCUCCUACAGGGCAGGCAGAGGGAUGGCGGAGAGACGAUGGGCAAUAACACCCGCAGAAAUGAACUUUUUUCCUUUUGAAAAGGCGUUUAUAAACUACUGAAGAUAGAAAUUCUUUGUGCAGCUUCUCUGCUUUAUGCACGUUUCAUAAAAUCCCAACAUGCAUGAAUAAUAAACCAGCAUUAUCAAGA